UUAUAAGGGCACACAGGUUUCUCCUUUAGUGAAUAUAGAACAGGGAUUUAAUUUCCUUACCCAUCCCAAAAGCGACUGCAAAAGGGUGCAGAUUCUGAAUUACUAUUAUGGUGUAAUAUUUAUAGGUAGUUAUAGGAAUUGUUUGUAGUUUUUUCUUGCCCAGAACAUCUGUUUCUUUCCCAUUACUAAUGUUUGGUGUUUUUACAGGUAUCUUUCCCUCUGAAAUACCCCCCCUUAAUAGUCUUUGUUUCCUGGGGAACCACUGCAGCCAGUUUUUGCUUGUGGUUUAUUUUUGCUUCUUAUGUCAGCUUUUACUUGCCGCAGUGGCUUUCUAAGCUUCACAAAGCCCUUUGAAUUGGUUUCAUUCUGCAGGUGAGCUGACUAAUGGAGGAGGGAAGAUGAGGGAGGAUGGAGCCUCCUCUCACCUAAGGGCAGGUAACCUGACUCUAUCUAGGGUGUGUCUGUCUGGGUCCCUCCCUGUAGGAGGCAUAGGACAAGACGAGAAAUGUCACCAGAACGUUUCUUAUAUGAGCAUCCCCUCACGUACUUACGGACGGACUGAUUCGAACCUGUUUACAGGGAAACAGCAAAAGAACUUUGGCCUUAUGGUUUUAACUGAAACCUGUGUGCACGCAUAGCUGGUCCCACGUGUGUCUCUGGGAACUGCUUUAGGGAGAGGAGAACUGUUACCCCAGAUUCAGGGCUUGGAGACAUUUAAACCCUUGUCUGUAAAUCCUUUCCUCUGAUCUGCAUGGAUACAACAUCCCUGAACAUGCAGUGAUGCGAGAACAAGACAACACCUUAAAGGAUGAUUCUGUUCCCCCAGGCUGCUUCAAUACUUCUCCUUGUUCCUCUCCUCACAUCUGCAGCUCCUCAGUUGCUGCCACCCUCCCUUUCCAACACUCUCCAUCUUUUGAACCCCCUUCUGUCAAUCCAUCUCUUGCUUCUGCCCCUAAUCCUAUUUGCCCCUCUUCAACUUCUUCUCCUUCCCUUCCUAACGCUUCCUUUAUAGGCCAAUCUUCCACCUUAUCUAAUUGCCACAUUUUACCUUAUCCAGACUUCCACAAUCCCCUUGCCCCUGACUGCAGAUCACAUUCCUUUUCUGAAUAUCCCCCCUUUUCCAUACCUACAUGUCCCACUCUUAUUUCACCAGAGAUUUCACUUCUGUCACUCAGUUCAUCUCAUCCUUUCAGUUUUUCAAGUUCUUCUUGUAAUGGUCAUUCUUUUUCCAGUCCUCACUAUCCUUCUGGCUUUAUUCCUCAAUGCCUGUCAGAAGACCCUGUACCUAGCUGUGAUUUAAAAAUGCCUUCAGACAUUUCUAUUGAUUAUCUAUCAAUCUACAAUCGUAAUUCUCCUAAUCAUACACAACAUUCUAUCGCCUCCCCUCACACACCCCCAAACAAUAUCCCAGAUGGUAUCUCUUCACUUUGUGUAUCCCCUCCUGAAGAACAGUGUCCUACUUUUUGUACAGGCACAUAUACCCAUCGUCAUUUAGAAUCCUGUUUUUGCAGUUCUUCAGAAAUCAACCAGUGUAUCUCAGAUUCUUGCUUUUACAACCAUUCGUAUCAAGACGCUUGUAGCAAUGUAGCAAUGGUUGAUUGUUCCACAUCUGUGCCACCUACAAAUAUUUCCUCUGAUUUCUGUCUUUAUAAUGGAAAAUCAAGAAAAACUCCACCCUCAGACAACUGUUCUAUCCUUUCUUCUGCUCCCUCUACAUCUUCUAUUCCUAACAAGGACCUCACACAUUUACACACAUUUUCCUAUCAUGCUGAAAUUUCUUCCUUACAAUCACCCAAUACCCUGACAUGUUCUUCCCAUGCUGCUUUACCUACGGCACCUCAUUUGUUCUCCGUGCACCCUGAAAAACCAAUGGAUUCUAAUGGAUGUAAAAUGUGUUGUGCUUCGGUUGAGAACUGGACCCGAAUGGAUGAAUACAGGCUUCAGUGUGAACAGUUCCUUGAUGAUCUCUCUCGAUUUGAAGACUGGUUAAAAGCAAUACAGAUGACAGUGUGUUUACCAGAUGUAUCCCAGGCUCUUCACAAAGAGGCCAAGUUGGCAUUGCAUAGGCAUGAGGUUGUGCUGAAGGAAUUGCGUGAGAAACUUUUGGACUUGGAGUCCUUAAACUUAAAAUACUGGAGGCUUGCACAAGUACCUCACCAGAUAUUUCUUCCAAAUAACAUUUGCAGUAGGAUGCAAGAAGUCAACCAAUUCUUGUACAAAGUUCAGAAGGAGGCAGAGGAAGUGUUUCAGGCUCUAAAGCUCAGAGUUCAGCAAAAAGAGGAGUUUGAUGCAGACCGGGAGGAGAUGAAACUUUGGCUUACAGAAAUGGACCUCGGACUGUCCAGUGUAGAAUAUAUGUACAAUGGGAAUUCUACUGAGAAAUUUCAUCGAUUGCAGGAAUUCCAGGAAGAUGUGCAAAGUAAUAUGAAGCGGAUGGAUAAACUCCUAGAGCGUGGGGAUCAACUGAUAGAAGAAAGUGAUCCACUUGAUGCUGAGGUUUUAGAGAAUGAAUUGAAAGAGUUGGGAUCUUACUGUCAAGGAAUAUUUAUUCGCUUUUCCCGUUUCCAAAAACGUCUUGUGAGUACCAAGCUGGUAUUUGAAGAUAACUUGCUGGUUGAUGACCUAGAAACCAUGUCACUUGGCUCUUCUGAAGUUUUUUGGGAGUUAGAAAGAGAAGAUAUGGAAACUCAGAAUCCAUCUCAGAUACUGUUUGGCCCUUCUGUGCAGGAGGCUCCUGUGGGGGCACCAAAUGCUGACUUGGAGUGGGACCCUUUGGGUGAUGUUGGGACAUCUGAAUCUAUUGAUGGAGGAGAGUCUUACCACACAGCUAACUCUGUGCCAUGGAAGGUUUUACAUAGAGACUCUCAGAGCAGCUUAAAUUCUGUCCUUUGGAGCCCAGGCUCUGAAACAUAUCAUGCAGGAGACACAGAACAUUAUGGAGAUGUUAUGAGUACUACCAUGCCAUCUUGGGACAGUCAUAGCUUGAAAAGAGUUCUGAAAGAAACAAACAGCCAGAGAGUAUUAACGGGUCCAUCAGCUAAGCCUAACCUGUCAUCGGUGUCAUUCAACUCACUGCAAGAGACAUUUGAAAAAGGAGAAGAUGCCAACACUUCAUGUUCUGACUUUGUGGAUGUUGGAAACAGUACACGUGGGCUAAGCACAGAAGUUGCAAAAGAAAACAAAAUCACCCAUAAUUCCCCCCAUGAGUCUUUGGCUGCUGAUCUGAAGGUUUUUAACAACACCCUGAUGAAUAAUUGUAUAUCACAGAGAAGACGCCAGUCCCAUAUGGAGAGAACACAGAAUUUGACACUUUGUGCAAAAUGUGACAGAGAAGAUGUUUCUAUUCUCAUGGAGAGCAGUGAUGAAAUAUAUUAUGGGUGUAAAGGCAAAUCCUCCCAUUGCACACCAGCAUCUCUCUGGGUUUGGAUCAAGCGUCUGGUUUACCUUUUCCUGCUGCUGCUCUUUAUUGGUACCUGCCUGCUUUUUUUUCCAGUGGAUCAACCCAGGUGCUAUUCACAUAGUUUUGCUUGGUCCUUAAUGCUCACCUAUGUCAAUGGUCCUCCCCCUACAUAAAACCAGACAUUAUGGAGAUUAUAUGAGAUUUUCUAUGGAACCUGCCUUGAUAGAUACUGUACAGUUAGUUACAUCCCCAAAAUGGUGCCAUGGUGUGCUCAUUACAAACAUGCACUGGAUAAGAACCCAUUGAUGCCAGAGGAAGCAAUGACUGUCACAGAUUCAGUGACACCUUACGUCAAAUCUCAGGCAUGCAAACAAACUGUAAUUGGAGUUCCUUGGAUGAUAAAUCGGUCCAUGAUGCUUUCAACUAUUGGAACUGGAAUUCACAUUCAAAAUAUGCAAGAAACACCAUGUUCACCAUGUGAUGGCUGUGGUAGAAGUACAAAUGGUGAUCCUGGAGGCAGCGAAAUGAAAGGUAGUGAGAAUGGGAGUGUGUGAUGGAGUGCCGCUGACAUAUUUAUUUUGAUGCUGAUGUGGAAUUAGGUUUGUAAAGGGCAUGUACAGUCUGCAUUGAAUUUUGAUAAAAUUAUAUGUAAAGAUAUCAACCCAUUGUACUGAUAUGAAUAAAUGUAAAUUGUAUGAAUUUUGCCAUUGACACUUUUACAACUGAGAGGUCUGCAGAAUCAAAUGUGCUGUCUAAACAUGUUAGAGAAACACUCAUUAGCAAACAGCCAUUCUCCAGAUGUUACCUAUGACUGAUUAGGAUUCUGGCAUUUGUAGUUUAAUAACACAUGGAAAGCCACAAUAUGCCUUUGCCAUUGGAAAACCCAAAGCAAAAAUAUACAGCUAAUCUCUAA